AUGUCUGAUUCAAAGCUUGAGACCCAGAGUUUAGAAGCAACUAGUCCUAAAAAAUCAUGGUUAUCGAAACUUCCAUGGUGGAUUCCUCAAAAGAGAUAUGUCUUUGAGACUCAAGAAGAGAUUGAUGAAGGUUAUAGGUUGAGAAUCAAAAAGAGUGCAAAUAAAGAAGAACAGCUAUAUCAAGUUAGAGAAUAUAAAGAUGAAGCAAAUAGAAAAUGGUACCAUUUCUUCAAUGAAUUUGAAUACAGAUACACAACAGAAGAGUUGAAUAAACAUGAUUGGUGGAGAUGGUUUGACAAGGGUACAUCGUCUGAAGAGAAGAAAUUAAUUACAAAACUUGAUAUUUUGAUCACAUUUGUUGCAUUUUUAGGUUAUUGGUCCAAGAGUUUAAGUCAAUCUAACUUAAACAAUGCUUAUGUUUCAGGUAUGAAAGAAGAUAUUGGUAUGAAAGGUAAUGAUUUGAUUGAUACUCAAGUUUUAUUUUCAGCUGCUAAUAUUAUUUUUGAACUUCCAUUUAUUUUCACAUUACCAAGAAUUAAUCCAACUUAUAUGCUCUUUGGAGCAGAGCUUUUUUGGUCCGUUUUCACUUUGACCUUAUCAACUGUUAAAAAUCCUGCUGCUUUGAAAGGUAUGAGAUUCUUGGUUGGUGCUGGUGAAGGAUUGUUUUUUCCAAUGUAUCAUUAUAUCUUCGCAAAUUUCUAUAAGCCAACAGAGAUACAACGUCGAACUGGUACAUACUAUUUUGGAUUGUAUUUAGGAACCCUUACAUCAGGUUUAUUACAAAGUGCGAUUUUCAAUGCACUUGAUGGUGUAAAUAAUAUUUCUGGUUGGAGGUAUAUGUUUUUGAUUGAUGGGGUUAUUGCAUUUACUAUAACACUUAUAACACUUUUCUGUGUCCCUGGAACACCAUUCAAAUGUUAUUCAAUAUGGUUGACAGAUGAUGAAAUCAAAUUAGCAAGGAAAAGAAUGAGAGAAAAUGGUACAGAUGAGAAACCACCUACAACUAAACAAUUUUUUGAUCCAAAGGUUUAUAAAACCAUAUUUGGGAGUUGGAUCUUUUGGAUCUUUACACUCUCAAAUAUAGGUGGAUUUAAUAGCAAUAGCGAGUGGUAG